UUUAAAAUCUCAAUAUCAAAAUCUUACUAAAAGACUUUGGCUUGUGUGAAAAAUGUAUGUAUAUAAUUGGUUGCAUUUGUGACAUUUCGUACGAAAGGCGGUACCUCGACUUGUCUUUAAUGGUUCCGGGUAUACUCGUUAAAUAACACGUUAGUAGUGUCGAAGACAUCACCCACUCCACCUUAUUGUCUCGUUGAGGCCGAUCGAAACGCUAGAGAUCGAUUGUAUAUAUAGUCAGUGUCUUAUGGCACGCGGUUUAUCUUGUCUUUGGCUUGCUGUCACGUUGCUCGCCGUCAACUGGAUAACAGUUCCAUGCUGCGACCUACCAUACUACGGUCUGAAUUGCACCGAUAUGUGUGGAGCUAAUCUGACGGGUUUGGCUGGUGUUAUUCGUCCUCCUGGUUACGACUCUUACAACGAACAUUACGAGAACUCGGUGCAGUGCGAGUGGAAUAUUAUUCCUCGGGUGGAGAACGUGUCCGUCGUCAUCACAUUCGAUUAUUUUCUUACUGAUUCGUGCUGCGACUAUCUGUCGGUUACUGAUGAUCCAUUUUCUGAAUACUCCACUGAAUUAGCAAACUUUAGAGGCACCGAAGCUCACACGGUGAUUCAUAAAGCUCCUCUUCGUCUUUUCUUCUACUCUGAUGGUUCGUCGACAAGACGAGCCUUUAUUUUACGCUACACAACUGGACAACCACCCAGUUUUCUAUCACAAACGUACGAUCAAACUGUGAACGAAAGUGACAGGGUGUUACUUCUUUGUGAUGUGACCGGAAUACCGCCACCUGUAGUGACGUGGUACAAAAACGGGUUGGAGAUUCAAGUUGGCUCUGAUCUUUUGUCUCAAUUUGAAUUGCAAGGAAACCAUCUACUAAUAAGAAACGUGAGGGAAGAAGACAAUGGAUAUUUUCAAUGCAGAGCGCAAAAUUUUCUAAACGAGACGAAACAAUCCUUCUGGCUAAUAGUUCAUACGCUUCCAACAAUUCUAUUUCAUCCAACAUCAGUUCACUUUAAUUCUAUGCUACCCGCUCAGAGCGGUCCGUACAGAGAAGACAAUUCCUUAUACAAUGAAGGACUGCAAGCCGUUUUUCACUGUCAAGUUCAAGGGUAUCCUCGGCCUUCUAUCGUUUGGAAGAAGAAUGGUAACUACCUAUACAAAGCUCCAAAUCGUUCGCUGACGUGGUUAACAAUCAAACCAGUGAACGUGUCUGAUGUGGGAAACUAUACUUGUGAAGCAUACAAUCGCAUGGGAAUUGUCGAGUCUUGCUCUGCAUCAUUAACAAUAAACAGAAGUGUUCUCUGUUGUUUGUACUUGCGUUUUCCAGACAAAGUAGAAACAUCUUCCUGGACUAACGUCGAGUUAUCGGUAUCGUUUCAGUCGUUAGAGUAUAAACUGUUCGCUGUAUCAGUAGCCAAAGAAGGUCAUUUGUACUCGCCGGCGACAUAUUCCCAGUUCUCUAAACAAAAACACAUUCGCACAACUAACGUUACUAUCUAUCUUGGAAGUUUGGAAGAAUCAGAUACAGCUGUUUACAGCUGGCGUUUGUAUAUGAGUGCUCCAACAACUAGCAUUUUGCCUAAUAUUGAAGUCACGUCAUUUAUACCCGUCACAAUUCAAGGAAUGCCUCGCGUAACCGUCACUUCCUCCUCAUCAUUUGUUAGAAAUUUGUACGGAAGUCACAUCAUAGCUUGCUUUGCAGAGUCUCUGGUUUAUGCACCAUGGGUUAGCUGGUUCAAAAAUGAUGAUCAGAGUCUCGGUUAUUCUUCAAUAAAUGGAAGCAAUUACAAGAUAACUUACCUCUUUACAACAAAUGAAAUCAAUGUAACUCAUUACACUUGCAGUGCACGAAAUUCAGUCGGGAUUGUUACAAAUGCCACUGUUUCAGUAGUAGUGAGAGGCUCACCAGGAGGAUGGAGUUGGUGGACCGACAAUUCUCUGUGUAGCGUCAGUUGCGGACCUACAGCAGGAAUCAGAAUCAGAAGAAGACGUUGUUAUAAUCAAAAUGGCUGCUCUGGUCCAGAAUUUAAUGCAUCAACUUGCUACUCCUAUAAGCCUUGUCUGUCAGGUCAGUUGUUCAUUAGCUAAUAAUUAUAUUUUUAAUACACUGUAG